GAAUGCUGGAGAACACCAAAGGUAUUUCCAUCGGAUAAAAAUGCACGUGACAUUUCAACUAGCAUCAUUCGAGCAAGCUAAAGCGAGUUGCUGUCAACUUCUGAGCGACACUUUUGUGCAGUCUGGGAAGCUGACCUCGAAUAGAAACCAGCGAUCACCAUGCCUUCGCCUCCCAUCGGUAUCGGUUUGAUGCCUUCCAUAUGGUCAGCCCACAGAAACAUCGUAUACAAGGGGUUCAUCUUUAUUCUAACAUAUCUGUGCUAUGCCAGCUACCAUUUGUCCAGAAAGCCAGUCAGUGUUGUGAAGAGUGUACUGCAUCAGAAUUGCUCAUUACUUACUCUAGGAGUUGGGAAUUGGCACAACAUUAGUAACAGCACAAAAGAUGACACUUGGUGUGAUUGGCCUCCCUUUGAUAAAUCAGAUUAUGAUGAGCUCUUGGGAAGCCUUGACUACGGCUUCCUUUUUGCCUAUGCCGUAGGAAUGUUCAUCAGUGGCCAUGUAGCUGAGCGAAUGAACCUGCGACAUUUCCUUACUAUUGGAAUGAUUGGCAGUGGUAUCUUGACAGCCACAUUUGGCUUGGGCUAUUUCUUCAACAUUCAUGUUUUUGCAUUUUAUGUUAUUGUGCAAAUUGUUGCAGGACUGUUUUCUUCCACUGGCUGGCCAAGUGUUGUUGCCUGUAUGGGGAAUUGGUAUGGGAAGAGCAAACGUGGUCUUAUUAUGGGAAUAUGGAACUCUCACACAUCAGUAGGGAAUAUCUUAGGAGCUGUUAUCCCAGCACUGUUUGUUGAGACAGCCUGGGGGUGGUCAUUUGUUGUUCCAGGCAUCAUUAUAGGUUCACUUGGUGUCAUUGUCUUUUUUUUUCUCGUCCCAGCCCCAGAAGAUGUAGGCUGUCCAUCUCCAGAUCACCUAGGAAAGAAUGUGACUUUGGAUGUAGAAGCACCUCAUUCUCAGACGACCAAACCUGAACUACAAGACAAAGCUGGGUCUGUCCAAAUUCUGCCAUCAGCCAGUGAGGAGACGCCACUGAUUACAUCUGGCUCUAAAGACAAACCAGUUACUUUUCUGAGAGCACUUUUCAUUCCGGGGGUGAUUGAGUUUGCCUUGUGCCUGUUUUUUGCCAAGCUUGUCAGCUAUACCUUUCUCUUCUGGCUUCCAUUUUAUAUCAAAAAUGCCACAAGUUACAAGGCAGAAGCUUCAGCUUUGUUAUCCACUCUCUUUGAUGUGGGGGGAAUUGCAGGAGGUAUACUGGCUGGGAUUAUAUCUGAUGUCACAGGAGCCAGAGCUGCCACAUGUACUUUAAUGUUACUGGCUGCUGCACCAAUGAUGUAUGUUUAUAGUGUCUUUGGAAGUUUGACUUUCACGCAUAAUGUAGUGUUGUUACUAGUGUGUGGGCUGUUGGUAAAUGGACCCUAUGCCCUGAUAACCACGGCAGUGUCAGCAGAUCUGGGCACACACAAGAGCCUAUUGGGAAAUGCCAAAGCCCUGGCUACAGUCACUGCAAUCAUUGAUGGAACAGGAUCCAUGGGUGCUGCUUUAGGACCUCUGCUAACUGGGCUCAUUGCUCCUCUCAGCUGGGAAUAUGUCUUCUACAUGCUUAUUGCUGCCGAUGGGAUGGCUUCACUGCUACUUAUUCGCCUAGUUUAUAGAGAUGUCCUCAUGAUGAUUCGUCGUAUUCGAGGACUUCAGUGAAUACAAGACAUGUAUUCAGAAACACAAGAACCUAAAAACUACAAAAGCUACAAAGAAUCCUCAGUGAUAGAUUUUAUGAAACUCUGUGAGAUUAGAGCCUUGAGGAAGUUAGUCUUUAUCUGUCUUCACAUCAAAUUUUAUUUUUGUUGAUUCAUGUAUUAUGUUAGUUUCUGUCCAUUAUAUUAAUUAUCUGUGUACAUUAUCUCAUUUUUUUCUUGUCUCUAUGUCUUUAUGUACAAGUCUUCUCAUGUGAUCAAAACUUUGAGUGUCUAUGUUUUUAUGUAAGUAUAAUACACAUAGGAUCAAAUCUUUUUCCGUCUCUUUGUUUUCAUACAAAUGUUUACAUUGUACAUUAUAUACUCAUGUGAUGAAACUUUUUUCUGUCUCUUUGGUUUAAUGUACGUACAUGUGUAUACUCACGCUGUUCAGCCUUUUUUCUGAUUUGUUUUCAAUUAUCCUGUGACUGUGAUAUACAUAAAGAGUGGGACUGUGACUUCCAAGGCUGACAUUAAAAUGAUUUGCUUACGUAUGGAACUAAGCAUGUGCAGGUUUUGUGGUUGAAAUUAUUAGAGUGCUGUUCAGGUACUAUAGCUUUUUUGUUCUCUCAUUAGUUACUGAUGAUUUGAUGAUGUCUUGUAUUAUUUGCUCCAGUGAGCAAAUUGUGUUACAUUUGACUUUUGUGUUUUUGCUCCCUCUCAUUUUCUAUUUGAUAACUGAAAAAAGUGUUAACCUUUUCAACUGAAACCUGGAACAAAAGGAUGAUGGGAGGGAAGAUACACAUGAUGCCAUGAAAUCAUUCUUUGUUUCCAGGCCUGGUGCUGAUAAAAGCCAGAACAUUCCAGUUUUGCCAGAUAUUGUCACUUUUUGAUGAUGGUGAACAGUGAUAUGUGAGAAGGAUGGUGGUUGGUACUAUGUAUAUCAUACCUCAAUAUCACUCAUAGACAAGGCAUACACGUCAUUUUCUGGAUCAGAUUUGUAGGUGUGGUGCAAAUUACACAAAGUCAUUCCUGAUUUAAGUUAAAAUUUGAAAACAUGAUUUUAGAACCUAUAUCUUGAUGUUAGAAAUUAAACUUUUUGACAACCUUAUAAAUGUUAAGACUGAAGUCUUAAAAUUUUAAAUUACAGUAAGCGGGCAUUGCAGCCACGGGCAUGUUGACAAUAUCCAUUGGGUCUGUUGGAUCUGACAUGGGCUUUGUCUGCAGAAGACAUCAGCUCACUCUGUCAGUCAACAAUAGUUCCCGAGGCAGUCUAGACAUGUCAGGGCUUGCGGUACGCGACCCAAACUUUGUGGCAUCAUUGCCCGGGCUUAAACAAUAGUGAGUCUGUAACAUCAUGGGUUCCAACAGAGGAGUUUCGUACCCCUCCAUCUCUUAGUCCCAGGUGUAACAUGUUCAUGUAAGGCAAGGUUGGGCUGCCAGUCUGGGAUUUAGUUUCCAUUUUAUGUAAUGUAUAAGAUUAUGUAAUGUUUCAAAGGCCUUGAACUUACUGCAAUGGUAGGUGAUGUCCAUGUGAAUACUUGACAGAUCCACGUCAUUGAAGAUGUCAUUUUUUUGAUUGUUCACUUAAGGUGGUAUGGUUUUGUGCUCACUCUGAGCAUCUCAGCUUAUUUAAUGACUGUUUUAAUUGCAUGUAUUGUUUAAACUACGGGAGUAUUUUUGACUUUACAAAAUGCAAGGAUAAUUUUUAUAGUAUCUUUUUUGAUAAAGAUACAGGAAAAAACAUGUCUGUUUCAUCAGUUUUUCAUUUCAAAAUGCAGCCUUUUAUAUUCAACAUUUCAUUCCAAAGAUCCAUGACAGGUGUAUCCAAAUACUUUAAUUGUAUAUUACUGCUGAUAAUCCUUUUUGAUGUUAAAACGUAUUGGUAGAAAUAUAUCUAUAGUUUUUUUAUCUGUAAACUGUUGUUAUAUUGAGUUGUUAUUUGGCGUGUGCUGUAGUAGUAAACUUAGGGCUGGAGCAUGUAGUGGUGGCUUCGAGUAUAUUGUUAUAGUCAUGGCUUGUACACAAGUCGGUCACCACAGCCUGUCACUCCUGUCCCCAGGGCUGUCCCUCCAUGGAACCAGGCUGAGGGUGGUGUGUGUAUCGAAUAUUGAUGAACACUUCUUUGUCUUUCGCUUCGUUGUUCCAGACAAGCCAUUAGGGAUAGCAAAUCGAUUUCAAGACAGCCACCAAUAACCUGGAACUAUUAGUCCCAAAAAUAACGUGUUCCAUUGUAGGAGAGCGAUAUAAUACCAUUUAAGGCGCCAUGACGCUCUUUUACAGCCACAUAACGCAUAACAUAAUUUUAAAGGCAGAUUCGGUGGGUAUAUAGUAAGAAGUUAAGCAUGGGCUAUAUUUUGGUAAUGAGUUGUGUAACAUUUUUUAAUUUUGCGCCCAAAAAUUAUUGUCUGAACGGAAACAGUAUCAAAUUUUUCAGUUCCAUUCAAAUCGCUUUAUAAUUAUUGAUAUUCUGGUUGAUGUGAAUAGGAUUUAACAUGCAUCUGUAAGCCGGCAUGCACCAAAUUAGAUUAAUAUUUGGCUUGGGUCUAGAGGUCUUAACCCGGGCUUGGCAAUGAAGUUAAUUUCAUUCUGCGAUGCAAUAAAUAUAACAG